AUGGCUAUUAAAGCAAUCACCGAUGAAGCUCACUUCCAAACCGAACUAGCCGCAGCAAGAGGAAAAUUGUUCGUUGUGGAUUUUACCGCAGCUUGGUGUGGACCAUGCCGAAACUUAUCGCAUUUGUUCGAUCAGCUUCCGGCGAAAUAUCCAAAGGCUGUGUUUCUCAAGGCGGACGUCGACAGAUGUACCGAAACGGCACCGUCCCAGGACAUUAAUGGACGUGAAGCCAAAAUACAGAAACAUUACGUCGCCAGCUUGUAUGAAUCUGGAGAAGAUUACGGUCAUGGAAUGUUGUACUUGAACACCUUCAUCCAGAAGAACCAGUGCGAAUGUUUGAACGAAUCGAACGACCACCCGAUGGUGAAUGCGCUCAGUUCCAGCGGUGGUCAUCUGGUAUCCGAUUGUGACGAACAGUUGAUCAUUUCGAUUACCUUCAAUCAGCUAGUCAAAAUCAGUGCCAUCAAGUUCAAAGCACCGCCCUCUCACGGACCGAAAAAAGUUUCGGUGCAGGAUCUGGUACUGGGGCAGAAGGAUCUUGUGUCGGGAUCGCCGAUUCCGUUGCACUUGGUUAAAUUUCAGAACGUGCAGAAUAUGCAGCUGUUCGUGAAGGAUAACCAUUCUGAAGCGACGCAACUCAACAAAUUCCUGGCGGUUGGUCACAAGGUGCUCAACGGUGAGCCUGGUAUUGCAGGAGCUGCAUUCUGGUGGAUCCACACUGGAAACUGUAUGCGUAUGAGUGAUUAUGGUGUGCCCGAUACGCAGCCUGGAGAGAACCUUCUGCUCGGUUUGUUUCUGGCGGUCCGUCCAUUUGUCAAUGGAUUCUAA